AUGGUACACUCAAAAAAAGUAAUCAGCUCCGCAUUACCAGGAGCGUUGUCAUCCCAAAGUGGUAGCGGCCACAUUGCAGCAUCUAGUAAGGAAAAUGGAGUGGAUGAAAAAAAGGAAGGUGCACAAGGAGGAUCUUCCUUCUUCUUCACCAAAAGAACUGCGAUGUUGUUUUUUGUUCUUGCUUUUAUCUUUUUAAAGCACCAAGAUGACUUUGGAAGACAGAAUGGUCCUGCGACAUUAAAACCAAAUAAUAGAGUUGCUAGGAACUUAACACUGGAAACAGAGCAAGUUCCAUCACAAAGUAAAUCCUCACUUAAAGAUUUAUUUCAGAAACAAGGGAAAAAAGAGAAAGUUCUUGAAGUUAAGAAAGAGGCCUCCGGCUCCGGAAAUAAAACCCCAACUGAAGUAGAAAAUAAAGCUCCAACUGAAGCAGAAAAUAAAGACCCAACUGAAGUAGAAAAUAAAGACCCAAAUGAAGUAGAAAAUAAAACCCCAACUGAAGUAGAAAAUAAAGUUCCAACUGAAGCAGAAAAUAAAGACCCAAGUGAAGUAGAAAAUAAAGACCCAACUGAAGUAGAAAAUAAAACCCCAACUGAAUUAGAAAAUAAAACCCCAACUGAAUUAGAAAAUAAAACCCCAACUGAAUUAGAAAAUAAAGACCCGACUGAAGUAGAAAAUAGAGACCCAACUGAAGUAGAAAAUAGAGACCCAACUGAAGUAGAAAAUAAAACCCCAACUGAAGUAGAAAAUAAAACCCCAACUGAAUUAGAAAAUAAAACCCCAACUGAAUUAGAAAAUAAAGCUCCAACUGAAGGAGAAAAUAAAUCCCCAACUGAAGUAGAAAAUAAAUCCCCAACUGAAGUAGAAAAUAAAUCCCCAACUGAAGGAGAAAAUAAAUCCCCAACUGAAUUAGAAAAUAAAGCCCCAAGUGUUUCUGAAAAUAAAGCUCCUGGUGGUCAAGGAAAUAAGAAUGAUCCUAAUGUUACUUCAAGUAAGAACAAAAAAGCAGCAUCUCCAUCAAAAAAUAAAUCCUCACUUAAAGAUUUAUUUCAGAAAAAAGGGAAAAAAGAGAAAGUUACUGAAGUUAAGGAAGGGGCUUCUGAGUCCAAUAAUAAAGCUCCUGGUUCUCAAGAAGCGGAGACUGUAGAUGGCGCCCAAAAUAAGGAUGAUUCUAAUGCUACUUCAAGUAAAAACGGAAAUGCAGAAGGUUCGCCAUGGAGUAAAUGUUCAGCUAAAGAAUUAUUGCAGCAACUUGCGAAAGAGGAAGCCGCUAGAGAUAAGAGGAAACCCUAUAGUGCUGAAAAAAAAGCAACAGAUAACAGGAAAUAUAAGCUCCUAUUAGAAAAAUUAUUAGAGCAAGAGGAAGUAGGGGAGGAAAAGGCCGGAAGAGGUACUAAACAAUCAUCUAACAAAAUACAGAGGAAAAAAGAUCCUACAGGAACAGGAGCUCAAAAGCCAACUGAACAACAGGUCCAAGAGAAAAAAGAAACUACCGAAAAAGGAGGACCUAAAAAACCAACUGAGCAACGACAAGUUCAAGAGAAAAAAGAAACUACCGAAAAAGGAGGACCUAAAAAACCAACUGAGCAACAACAAGUUCAAGAGAAAAAAGAAACUACCGAAAAAGGAGGACCUAAAAAACCAACUGAGCAACAACAAGUUCAAGAGAGAAAAGAUUCCAGCAGAAAAGCAACUAAAAAAACAACUGGACAACAAGUAAAGAAUAAAAAAGAUUAG